AUGCUGACAAAGUUCGAAACGAAAUCGGCUCGAGUCAAAGGCUUGUCCUUCCAUUCCAAGCGACCAUGGGUCCUAGCAUCUCUUCACAACGGGGUCAUCCAGUUGUGGGAUUACCGCAUGUGCACCUUGAUUGAAAAGUUUGACGAGCAUGAUGGACCUGUUAGAGGAAUCAAUUUCCACCAGCAGCAGCCCCUGUUUGUGUCUGGUGGUGAUGAUUACAAGAUCAAGGUUUGGAAUUACAAGUUGAGGCGGUGUCUUUUUACACUUCUUGGACAUCUAGAUUACAUCCGAACCACAUUCUUUCACCAUGAAUACCCUUGGGUGCUGAGUUCUUCUGAUGAUCAAACAAUCCGUAUCUGGAACUGGCAGUCCCGUACUUGCACCAGCGUUUUGACCGGCCACAGUCACUAUGUGAUGUGUGCUCAGUUCCACCCCUCCGAGGACCUGGUUGUUUCUGCCUCCCUGGAUCAGACUGUUCGAGUGUGGGACAUUUCUGGUCUGCGGAAGAAAAAUGUGUCCCCUGGACCUGGUGGAAUUGAGGAUCGUCUGAGAAACCCUGGCCAGACGGAUCUCUUUGGUACUUCUGAUGCUAUUGUCAAACAUGUUCUUGAGGGUCAUGACAGGGGAGUUAACUGGGCUGCCUUCCAUCCUACUCUCCCUUUGAUUGUCUCAGGGGCCGAUGACAGACAGAUUAAACUCUGGAGGAUGAAUGAGUCCAAAGCUUGGGAAGUGGAUACUUGCCGAGGUCACUACAACAACGUAUCAUGUUGCCUGUUCCACCCCAGACAGGAGCUGAUUCUGAGUAACUCUGAGGAUAAGAGUAUCCGAGUGUGGGAUAUGAGCAAGAGAACCGGUGUGCAGACCUUCAGAAGAGAACAUGAUAGGUUCUGGGUCAUGGCCGCUCAUCCUUCUCUCAAUUUGUUUGCUGCAGGACACGAUGCAGGUAUGAUUAUUUUCAAGUUGGAGCGAGAACGACCACCAUUUGCUGUCCACAACAACACCCUGUACUAUGUCAAGGACAAGUACUUGAGGAAGUUGGACUUCAACAGUUCCAAGGAUGUCGCUGUUAUGCAGCUCAGAGGUGGAUCAAGAUCACCAAUAUACUCCAUGUCGUACAACCCAGCGGAGAAUGCCAUUCUUCUGUGCACAAAAGCAUCCAAUGUGGAUAACAGCACUUAUGACCUGUAUGUAAUACCUAAAGAGACAGACUCCCAGAACCCUGAUGCCCCUGAAGGGAAACGUUCAUCUGGUCUGACUGCUGUGUGGGUGGCCAGGAAUCGUUUUGCAGUUCUGGACAGAACACAUUCAAUCAUCAUCAAGAACCUGAAGAAUGAAAUCACCAAAAAGGUGCAGGCUCCCAACUGUGAGGACAUCUUCUACGCUGGCACUGGGUGUCUGUUGCUGAAGGAGCCCGAUGUGGUCACUCUGUUUGAUGUCCAGCAGAAGAGAACUCUGGCCACUGUCAAGAUCUCAAAGGUCAAGUUUGUCAUCUGGUCAAACGACAUGGCCACUGUGGCAUUGAUCAGCAAACAUGUGAUCUCCAUUUGCAACCGCAAGCUGGAGAACUUGUGCACGAUCCAUGAAAACAUCCGCAUCAAGUCAGGCUCCUGGGAUGAGAGUGGGGUCUUCGUCUACACCACCUCCAACCACAUCAAGUAUGCCCUGACCAAUGGGGACCAUGGGAUAAUCCGUACACUUGACCUUCCGAUCUACAUCACCCGGAUUAAGGGUACCUCUGUCUACUGUCUGGAUCGUGAGUGCCGCCCACGAGUUCUCAACAUUGACCCCACAGAGUUCAAGUUUAAGCUGGCACUAGUCAACAGAAAGUAUGAGGAGGUUCUCCACAUGGUUAGAAACGCCAAGCUGGUUGGACAGUCCAUCAUUUCUUACCUGCAGAAGAAAGGUUACCCCGAGGUGGCACUGCACUUUGUCAAGGACGAAAAGACCCGGUUUGGCCUGGCCCUGGAAUGUGGAAACAUUGAGAUUGCUCUGGAAGCUGCCAAGGCACUAGAUGAUGCUGCUUGCUGGGAGAAGCUUGGAGAGGCCGCCUUGCUGCAGGGGAACCAUCAGAUCGUGGAGAUGGCCUACCAGAAGACCAAGAACUUCGACAAGCUCUCAUUCCUCUACCUCAUCACUGGAAACCUGGACAAGCUCAAGAAAAUGAUGAAAAUUGCUGAGAUCCGCAAGGACACAAGUGGACACUACCAGAAUGCACUUCUGCUAGGGGAUGUCAAUGAGAGAGUCAAGAUUCUCAAAGGAUGUGGACAAAAAUCCUUGGCUUACCUGACUGCUGCCACUCAUGGCCUGGAGGAGGAGGCCAACGAGCUGAAGGAAGGAUUCGGAGAAGGGGAAAGGGUCCCAGACCUCUACCCGAAUGCCUCCCUGCUGCAGCCCCCUGUACCCAUCACCCAGCAGGAGAGCAACUGGCCUCUGUUGACCGUCUCCAAGGGAUUCUUUGAGGGAGCUAUGGCUGCAAGAGGAG